AUGCACUACUGCUACUACAGCACGAAUAAAGGGUCCACAUUUUUGAUUUCGCAUCCGCUAAAGACCUGUUUUAAUUAUGUGAUGCAUGGAACGUUUAUCAUGGAUGUUUUGGCAUGUAUCCCGUUGGAAAUGAUUAUUCCUCUCCUUGGUUGGACGAAUAACUGGGGUUAUGGAGAAGGUGCAAGUUGGCUGAUUCUCUACGUUUGCACAACUAUUUUCGUCUGCACAUUUCUCGGAGCCAUUUGUCUGUUUACGGCAUGUCCUUGGGAAUCCAGUUUUUGGGUUGAAGGGGACGAAUAUCGAAUGCCAAUCUGCUUAGAGCGUCGACCGAAUGAGGUAGAAAUUGGGAAUGAUUAUUGGGCCACGAUAAAAUUUGGGGAUGCUGAGCUGGUAACGUCACCCUUGUGCAAGUGGAUCCUUGGAGUGUAUUACGUCAGCCAGGUCGUUCUCGUCAUCGGAUUUGGGGAUCUAAUUACCCUCAGAAAAACUGAUGUCAUUAUGUUGAUCUUAAUGACGGUGUUUGGAUUUAUUUUCAUGCGCUGUGUCAUCGCUGACAUCACUGCAGCGGAAGUGGACAGUGACGAGAUUCGUGCCACAUUUGUUGAGAGCGUCGCCACCCUUCGACUCGUCAUGUUGAGGCAGAAUGUACCACAGCGUCUCAUGAAGUCAACUUUUGAUCAUUUAAUGUACACUUGGGAGAGAUCGAAAGGUCUUCACCCGAGAGAAUUGUUUGCCGAUCUUCACCCGUCAUUGGAGUCGGACGUGUUUAAAGAGUUGGUCGGAAAUGAUUUGGCCAAGGUCCGCCUUUUCCACGAAUUCACAUCCAACCUGAUGCGUACAAUGUCCAGCUAUUUGCGCAAAGUGUACUUUCGUCGUGGUGAGAGGAUAAUGCGAUGUGGAAAUCUGGAAAACGAGUUACGAAUCAUCACAAAGGGAAAAGUAUUCAUUUGCGACAACAACUACAACUAUUUGUGCACUUUAAAGUCUGGCGAUUGCUUUGGAGAAAGUUCUAUGAUGUUUAAAGCCCGAAAUCGAUACAAUGCUGUGGCCAUGACCAACGUGGAGAUUUAUUAUCUCACCUCGCACAGUUUUCAGAUUCUGAUGGCGAGGUACUCCAACGUGAAGGACAUUUUGGAGAGUAGGUUACGUUAUGGGGAUCGCGACUAUUUUGAGAUUGGUCUCGAAGAGAAGAUGAAAAUGACGAAAAUGAUGACAGUCGAGGAAAAGCAGGAACUCGUAAUGUCAUUUAAGGUUCGAAGAUCCAUGAUCAAGGCGGCGCUGAGUCUUAGAGAAAAUUUGAAGUCAAACAGGUACAAACUUUCGUGGUAUCACUGGUCAAAAUUCGUGGAUUAUGGAUCUCUCGAUGAGAACUUGCCAAUUGUCUACUUUGCGAAAGGGCGUCGAAAGGGUGGGUCCAAUUUCGCUAUCCUGAUUCAUCCAAAAUGCCAGCUUAUCAAUUUCUUCAACUACCUUAUGAUAUGGAUGGGCUACGUUACUGCGGCCAUUGCAACUUAUGAGACUUGUUUCAUUCGCGAAAGUGGUACAGACCAUCACAGUCUUGGCCCCGUAUCCGACGCGGUCAUCAGGUUCUCCUAUGGCAUCGAAAUUCUGUACUUGGUUCACAUGCUGCUUAAAUUCAUCACGCCGUUUGAGGUGAAGAAUGGCGUAUUUUGUAAAUCGAAUGGUAGAAUAGCACUCAGUUAUCUCCUCGACCCAUCAGGAUUCUGGCUCGAUUGCGUGGCCUGCAUCCCAAUUCUGAUCGAGUUGGGUAAUCAAGACUUGAGAACAUCAGAUCACAAAUAUAUCUAUCUCCUAAAAAUUUUCCGUUUGGUAAAAUAUUACAAGUAUCAAAUCGGACGGCAGUAUGACCUCUCAUUGACCACGUUCCAGUACAAAAUCAACAUUUCCGUGUCAUCCUUCUGUCUCAUGGCGCAUAUGUUGGCCUGCGUCUUUUACACAAUUUCAAUGUGUCAACCUUCUGCAGACGCGUCGGAUUUGUGCGCAAAGAACGGGUCUGACACGUGGACAACAGUUUUUAAGUCUGAAAACGGAAUAUUGGACGAUCCUAAAGAUUUCGUAGAGUGGAAAUGGUGGGUGAGAAGUCUUUACUGGGUCGUUACAGUGGUCUCGACUACAGGAUUUGGGGACAUAGUUCCUCAUACUGCGCAAGAAAUGGGCGUUGCGAUCGUGUGCAUUUUCUGUGGGGCUUUCAUUCUAUCGGUUAUCCUAUCCGACUUCACCGCGGGGAUGGCGUCGAUUACUAAAGCUCAUCGGGAAUACAUGUAUCAGGUCCAAUUGUUGGUGACACAUUUGAGGAACAUUGGUCUCUCUGAGACUCGUCAGAAUCAAGUGAUGAUGUACUUUCUGAUGAUGUGGGACCGCAGCAGGGGGAUCUCUUAUAGCAAAGCGACCACAAUUCUCCCAAUCUGUUUGCAAAUUGAUGUCUGCAACGCUCUAUUUGGACCCUGUUUGAUGACCAUUCCAUACUUUCGAGGUGAUGAUGAAGAAUCGUUUAUUCGUCAAUUGUCUGCCCGUGUUAUCCACUCGACGUUCAUUCCGGGCAUCUGCAUCGUGAAAGAAGGAGACCAAGGAAGUUCAAUGUUUGUCGUGUUGAACGGUCUUGUCGUCUCUACAAGAAUCCCACUAUUUGACCCACCAGAGGAAGAACCGGACCCCAACGAAGAAGUCAUCCUACCUCCAUCCGGCCAAAAGAAGAAAUCUGUCAACUUGAAUGUCAAUCUCGACCAGGUUUACAACGUGGGUGAUGUCUUUGGACGAUUUCCAGCCCUAUUUAGAGAUGAAUGCUACAAGAAAUCAUACCGGGCAGAGACAAGGGUCGAAGUUUUACAAAUUUCACAGGAUUCGAUACAAUUCUUGGCGACAAAGUUCCCGUAUUUUAAGAGGAAUUUGAAAUAUUUAAUAGAAACAAGAUACGGUCUAAACUGUCCAGGCGAAUCAAUUUUUUCUGAAGCUAAGCAAAAAGCUCACAACAUGUUUGACGUCGAUGAAUUCAAAACCCCGGAUCAAAAGGCAGCCCCAAAGCAGCCGCAUCAUCAUCAGAACAAGGCCGACGAAGAGGAAAGGCAUCAUCAUCAUCACAACGAGAACAAGGAACGGCUAACCUCUGUCGAACAGGAUCAUGAUAAAACGACGACAUAUGCAAAUAUACUUGAUGACGUUCUACACGGUGAGGCUGGAGCGACUGUUCGUGCAUUUAAAGAAUUUCGCAAACGUGGCCAAAGUGUUUUUAAGGACGUGGGUCAGGACCUACGAUGGGAAAAGUGGCCAAGAGAUGGAGUCGGUUUAUCAAGUGAUAAUAAGCAACAGCAAGACUUGUCCCAAAGUCUUCAAGCAAUGGCAUCGCCCACAAUGCAAGAUCCAUCGUCACCAACCCCAAGUAAAUUAGAAUCCUUCACCACCUCGGAGCAACAAGUGCUCAAAUCUAGCAAGUCGAAUAAGCAGAAACGUGCCUCCGGAAGUACAGCACUACCGAGUCAAACCGCCUCUAGGAGAACUUCGGUCCCCGCUCAAGACGUAGGCUUUGAUCCCCUCAAGAAAUAUAAGGAAGAUAAGAAACUUAAACAGGAAAAACAGCAGUAUCGUGCCCAAGGGAAAAGGUAUAUUAGUACAACAUCCACAAUGCUUGAACCUGGAGGAGGAGGAAGUAGGACGCCUAGCCAAGAAACCACUCCUGAGAGAUCCAAUAAUAAGUGAAAAUAGCGAGAAAUUGGUUAAGGUAUUAAUUAUUUCAUGU